AUGGUAGGCUUGCCUGAUAUGACAAUAUGCAGUGAGAGAGUGUUUGAGUCGCACAUUGAGCUCCAGAGGGAUGUGUUCUUUGUGUCUGUGAUCUGCCUUCUGAUCAUAAUGAUCAAAAACCUGGUGAUCCUUCCUCUAGCAUCCAUCCUAAUCAGGAGAUUUGGUAUGGAAGAGACCCUAGGAUUUGACCGGAAGAAGAAGUUCUGUGUUUCUCUCUGGAAGGCCAUGUUCUACUCGUUUACGUCUGUUUACGGAUACUUUGUAAUCAGGAGUGAACCUUCGGCUUACACUGCAAAAAGCCUCUCAAGCACUUGGGGGGCUCAUAAUACACCUGCAAGAGUUCUGUUCUAUUACUACCUGGAGUUUUCAUACUAUUUUGUCGAGUUGUUUUAUCUGUUCAAUGAGCACAUGUAUAAGGAUUUCCUACAGAUGGUAACGCACCAUGUGGUGACCAUUAUGCUUCUGGUACUGUCCUAUCACAAGGACAUGCUGCGCCCUGGCGUAGUUAUAAUGGCCAUACAUGACAUAUCGGAUCCGUUUUUGGAGAUCAGCAAGAUCGCAACCUACGUUCAUUAUAAGUCCUUAGCAAAGGGUAUAUUUUCAUGUUUUGCAGGAAUUUUCAUUGUGUCCAGGCUUGUCAUCUAUGCAUUCCUGAUUUCACUUCCCAUAGGCAUUUCCGUAUGGAGAUAUAGAUUUAAUCCAUGCCUGUUUCUCAUCAGCAUUUUACUCCAGGGAUUGACUGCCAUGCAUAUUAUAUGGUCGUUUAUGAUCAUGAAAAUGGUGAUCAAGGUUAGUCGUAGAGAGGAGUUUGAGGAUAUCAGGUCUGUUAAGUCGAAGGGCUCUUAUGGCAAGGCCAAGUCCAAAUGA